AUGGAAGAGAUAAAAAGACGAUUCAGGUACAGUGAAGAGGACUUGAAAAGGGCAAUGGAAGCAGUUCAGCAAAAUGAAAUGACUCUAUGUAAAGCUAGUGCUAGUUUUAAUAUCCCUAAAGGUACUCUAUCAAAUAAAUUAAAUAAAAAGGUUCCAUUGGAAAGAAAAAUGGGUCCUAAGACAUAUUUGUCAGAAGAAGAAGAAAUUAGAAUUAAGAAUUGGAUUCUAGCCAAGGCAGCAGUUGGUUUUCCAGUCAGACCAGAUGAUAUUAGAGACUCUGUACAAAAUGUAUUGAAACAGUUUACCCGUGAUACACCUUUCAUUAAUUGUAGGCCUGGUAUUAAAUGGUUAAAUUUAUUUUUAAAUCGCCACAAAGAAAUUGGGAAAAGAAAUGCUGAAGUUGUAUCAAAAGCAAGGGCUUUGGUAACAAAAGACCAAAUUAAAAACUGGUUUGAUGGUGUGAAAAAUUUUUUAAUAAAUGAAAACUGUGUGGAUAUAUUAGAUGAUGGUAGACGCAUUCUAAACUGUGAUGAAACUGGAAUGAAUACUUGCCCUAAAACAGGCAAAGUAUUAUGCCUAAAGCAAAUGCCAAACUUUUAUGAGGUUGCAAAUGGUCCAGAAAAAGAAUGUACAACUGUUUUAUGUUCUUUUUCAGCUGAUGGUACAUCAUUUCCUCCAAUGGUUGUUUAUCCUUACAAACGUAUACCUGCUGCAAUUGUUAAUAAUUUACCAAAUAGUUGGGUGUUUGGUCGAUCGGAUAGUGGUUGGAUGAUUUCUUCCACUUUUUUUGAAUACAUUGCAAAUUCUUUAUAUCCUAGUUUGGUCGAAAAACAGGUUCCAUUCCCCUUGAUAUUAUUUUUGGAUGGCCACAGUAGUCAUUUAAGCUUAGAUUUAUCUGAAUUUUGUGCUGAUAAACAAAUACAUUUGUACUGUCUACCUCCAAAUGCUACACAUAUAUUACAGCCAUGCAAUGUCUCUAUUUUUAAGCCGUUAAAAUCACACUGGAAAAAAGUUGUUCAUAAAUACAAACAGUGUGAUUCAAAAACAAUAAAUAAAUUUAAUUUUGCAACUAUAUUUAAGGAAGCAUUCGAUAAAAUAACAAUUGAAGUCAUCCAAAAUGGAUUUAGAGCAUGUGGUCUUUAUCCUUUUGACGAAAAUGCAGUUGACUAUAAUAAAUGCAUACCGAAUAGAUCAUUUAAUACAUCAGAUGUUUCCUCUAUUUCCAACAAUGAUUUAAAAUCUAAUGUAUUACCUAGACCAACAAUUGAUGAGUUUAUAAUAGCGAAGAAUGUCAUCAAAUUUAUUUUACAAGAUAAACUAUUAACAGAUAAUGACAAAAUAAGACUUAUAAUAGAAGAGUGUAAUAAAGCUGAAACGCCUGGUAGUAAGCAAAUACAAUCUAAUGUUGAUGGGUUUUUGAAUUUUGAUAUACAAAAUAUGCCAAUGGAAAUACUUAGUGAUACAUUUGAUUUUAAUAUGUUUGAUGAUAUAGUGUAUGAUAACUUACACUGUACAAAUAAUGAAGUACUCCGCAGUGAAAAUAAUAAUUGUGUUACUAUAAAUUAUGAUGAGGGAAAGGCUGAUGAGCUAUUAAUUAAUAGUGAAGAAAAUAAUACAUUUGUUCCUAUAAAUUAUGAUGAGAAAAAGACUGAACUAUUUAAUAGUAAAAAAAAUAUUGAAACUGUAACUAUAAACUGUGAUGAGAAAAAGACUGAUGAAUUAUUAAUUAAUAGUGAAGAAAAUAAUAAAUUUGUUCCUAUAAAUUAUGAUGAGAAAAAGACUGAACUAUUUAAUAGUAAAGAAAAUAUUGAAACUGUAACUAUAAACUGUGAUGAGAAAAAGACUGAUGAACUAUUAAUUAAUAGUGAAGAAAAUAAUAAGACUGAAACUAUGAACAGUGAAAACAAGGCUGGAAAGUCUGAAAAUACAAUUAAUGCAGAUAACUCUAAUAUUAUUGAAAAUAUAAGAACAGGAAUCAAAACUAGUAAUUUGACUGAAUCUUCAAUUGAUAACAUAUGGUCAACACAUUUUCCAUGGCCUAAAACUCCAAGCAGUCAGGGGUCAACUAAAUCAUCUGAACGAAAAGUACCAUAUGCAAUCACAUCAGUGCAGUGGCAAGAAAUUCAAAAAGAAAAAGAAUGCGUUAAAUUGAAAAAACAAGAAGCUAUUGAUUUUAGAAAAGAAGAAAGAAAGCGAAAAGCAAUUGAAAAAGAAAUUACACUUGACGAAAAAAGGAAAAAGAAGAACACCAAAAAAGAUAAUGUAGAAGAACUUGAAGACAUUAAAAAACUCAUACCUCAAACACAAACCUCAACCUCUAAAGUAAGCAAAACUAGUAGCUAUACGGUUGGAUGUUUUGUCAUUGUUGAAUAUGAAGAAGAAUAUUUUCCCGGGGAAAUAAUGAAGAAAAAAGCUAAUGAAUAUCAAGUUCGUGUAAUGUGCAUGUCCGGCUUAAAUUGGAAAUGGCCAGAAAAAGAAGACAUAUGUUGGUAUAAAAAAGAAUAUGUUAUGCAAAGCAUAAUGCCUCCUAAAUUAGUCAAUGCUAGAAAAAUAUAUGCUGUUCCAGAAAUCAAUAAUUAUAAAAUAUAA